CUGCUGUUCAAACUGGCUACCCUCACCCCUUAUGAGGAAGUGCCCAUAGAACAGAAAAACGAACAAUAAAAUUGAUACGUAAGUAUUUUGCACACUAUGUUAUUUUGUGAACAUCGUCUAUUCUUCACAGGGCUUAUCUAGCGUCGGGCAAUUAUUGUUCACAUGUGCCUUCACCACGAUGUCAAAACAACAGGUCUCGCGUCACCACGGUAUUCACCGAACGCCAAACCUUUCCGCCGCCCCACCUCGUCUUAUAGCUCGAUUUCUCUGUCUCUCUUCUCACUGAGUUUGCUGUCACGCGUUCAAGAAAAUUUCAUCCGCUACAGUCUCUAUCACUGGCUUCUUGACCUGUCAAGUAUCCAUCAUCGCUCACCUGAUCGUCUCUUGCAUCUCAUCAGCUAUCAAGCAGUGAUUGUCUAUUCUUACUUAUACCUCCCACGCCACCGAAGUAUACAAAUAAAGAUGUCGUCCGUAAGAAGCGGAUCCCCAAGCAGGGCCUACGAAGACACUGCCAACUAUAAGCAGCGUCAAAGAGAAGCAGAGCAGAUCGAAUUCGUCCACCGCCCCCUGAAACACCCAAUCCCUGGGUGUAAGGUAACCGCGCUCGAAGCAUGCAUCGGACAAGAUCAUCUAGUCCAACAUCCACGUCCGUCAGAACGUGUGCGCCUCGAAAGCGCUUACAAAGUGGUCACCGACCACAUAAACUCGAUCUUCACUGGCCCGCUGCCUAAAUUCGCGGUCUCCCAAGGCAGUGGCCUGCAGUCUGCUGCUAGGACCUGUGAGGAUAUGGACCUGGAGCAGUUCCAACGGACAGUCCUGUUCCUGCAGGCUGUCAAUAAUGGCAAGCUCGAUAUACAGAUCAACAUCACCGAUCGUAGCCAGCAGGACAAUAGCAGGGCUCCAGCACCUGUGAGCGCGAGAACUGCGAUUGCCAACGGCAAUAAAAGCGGAUCUGGAGCUGCUGGCAGCUCCGAAACAGGACCGACUCUGAGCGCGAACAUACGCCUUCGUGAUGGUGCAAGGUCCCUGGAAGCAGGCCACAACCUCCCGAUUCCGGAGAGUGCGCUUGGAGUACCUUUCAGAGAGUCCAACGCAGCACGCCGUGCUGGUACUGCUCGUGAGGAGCAUGAUCCCCUUGCUCCCAGAGCUAGAAAACCUCGUACCCAGCAGCCAGCAGUCUCGGCCGGUCAGACAAGUGCUAUUAGAGACAUUUUAGGCGACCCAAGAAUUGUGAGACUUUGCGAGCUGCCCAUGUCCAAAGCAAACAGCACUAACGUAGCUCGACAGGGUAUCGCCAAAACAGGAGCCGCCAUAAUGAAGAGUGCGAAGCGUGCUCGCAUGGAUCUGGAUGAUGCAGCAUCCGAGGACGAAGCCGCGUCCUCAGCAAACACACGUCCGCCGCCUGCCGCCACCACUUUCACCACCAACAGCAAGCGCCGCAAGCUGAGUUCGCCGGCGCCAGCACCACGAAAAUCCCAUAGCCAACAGCCCGUCGCGCGCCACAGUCCGCCUCAAGCAACCGCAGACGCCACUACCCAGCAGCCGUCGACGCAGUCGACACCACCUGCUGGGAAGUCCAGCAAGACUUCCGGGUGGGUGCUACAAGUAGUCACCACACCUCCAUCCAAGACCGAGAUGGAGGACAAGAUCACCCAGGCGGUCCUGGACGUUACGGAAGUGGGUGGUCGGCCCCUCAGGGCACGGGCAGGAAGAUCAGGUACUUCAGCCUCUCUAACUAUGAGAAGUACAACAGCUAAAACGACGGAGGCACGGCUGCCUAGGCGUGCGAAUACGGUGUUUGGGCAGAAGGCGAGAGAGCAACGGGCUGCAAGGCAGAGGGCGUUUUGGGAAGCGGAGAGGAAAGAGAGGCUAUCUCGGGUGAGAGGGAAAGAUGGGCAGGAACAGGCCGAUGAGGUUAAUAGGAAUGAGAAAGAGUAA